AUGCGGGUUGCAUGGUCCAGACUAAUUCGUUUCGCCGCCACCGACGGCCGCAUCCUUCGCGGCGAGCCCAUCCUCCCAACUCCAGAUUUCGAUCUCGGCAAAACAACCACAGAAACCAAGCUACAAGCAAAAGUCAUUGUCGGAGACAACAUCUACGAUGAUACAGGCGAAACAAAGGUUUCUGACGAGGUCGUUACGGUCAAGAAGUUACUUGGACCUUUGACGCGAGAUGAUGUGGAUAUUCUGCGUUGCGUAGGCCUUAAUUAUGCGAGACAUAUCAAAGAAGCUGGUCGAACUCCGCCGCCAUAUCCUUUCAUCUUCUUCAAGCCCACCACCUGUCUUCACGACCAUGACGAGGACGUCGUCAUCCCCAAGAUUGCUCAAGAUGAUCAAGCGGAUUACGAAGGCGAGCUGGUAAUAAUUAUCGGGAAAGAUGCCAAAGACGUACCGCUUGGAGACGCACUAGACUACGUCGCUGCAUACACGGGUGGCAACGAUGUGUCUGCGAGAAAACUGCAGCGCGACCCGAAUCUCGCAGGAGGCAUUCCGCAAUGGGGAUUUUCCAAAGGAUUCGAUACGUUUGCGCCGAUAGGCCCUGCGCUGGUUGCGUCGGAACUGAUUGGUGAUCCGAAGAAGCUGCUGCUCCAAACGAUUGUGGAUGGUGAGGUGAGGCAGAACGAGUACGUGAAUGACUUGCUGUUCGAUUGCGCUUAUCUGGUACAUUUUUUGUCCCAAGGGACCACGUUGCGUAGAGGAUCGGUCAUUAUGACGGGAACGCCGGGUGGAGUUGGCGCUGGAUUGAAGCCGCCGAAAUAUCUCGUUCCGGGGGCGAUCAUGGAAGUGUCGAUAAGCAAGAUUGGCACACUGCGGAAUGGUGUCAAAUUUGUGUAG